AUGGGAAAUAAGUGCAAGCACUGUGGCAAAUUCCUUGCUACAACAGAUAGCGUUAAAUGCUUAAAAUGUGCUUCCCGCUAUCACCGAGUCUGUCUUAAUAUCAGCCCAAACACUAAAACAAACGGAAAAUGGAUAUGCCGUGAUUGCAAAUCGAGUCCUAAAUUGUGUACACCCGUUCAGGCUCCUUCCCAUCAUCCCGAGGAUGCCGUGGAUGAUACUUUCGCGGAUGCCAACCUUGGCGAAGACACGACGGCAGCACUGUUGCAGGAGAUACGAUUAUUAAGAAAAGAGAUGGCAUCCGUAUCCCGGGAAAUGACUUUUUUUCGAAAAGAGGUCUCUCGGCUUAACUCGACAAUGUCGGAAUUCAAUAAUCGCCUUACUACCGUAGAAAGUAGAAUAUCAGCUUUAGAAAAAGAUGAUAUAAACAAUCAAAGCCAAAUUGAAGAAAGUACUAAAGCGGAAAUAUCGCGCUUGCGUAUGCAAAUGAAUGAUAGGGAGCAGGAAUAUUUAGCAACAGACUUCGAGUUAGAAGGCAUCAUGGAAAAUCCUGGAGAGAAUGUCAACAGCAUCGUGCUGUUAUCUGCUAGAAAAGUCGGCAUCGAUCUCACCAAACAAGACAUCGUGAGUGCAGAGCGAUCGGGACCUCGGCGAUCCGUGGCGGCUGACGGCGAGCGAAUGCGCCCGCGUCCCAUCGUGGUGCGGGUGACGCGCCGCUCACUGCGCGACGACCUGCUGCGGGCAGCUUACAAUCACCUUACAAUCGUUACCUUUUGUUUAGAGCAAAAGAGGAAGGUAACAAGAGAUGCUGGCGUUUUGUGUGGACGAGAGGGGGGAAAAUAUUUGUUCGGUGGAGCACUGAUACACCUAUCUAUCGUAUUCGUGUAG